AUGGUAAACUACAGGUGUAAUACGAAGCAAAAUACUCCGAAAGGGACAACAAUGAGUGACGAAGAUGAGGAUUUAUUGAGCUUGGGAUACGAACAUGAACUAGGGAGCGACGAAGAAAAGGAACCAGAAUUAAUUAAGGAUAUGGUUAGUAUUAAGAAGGAUCAGUCUAAAAACAAAUCAUUAACCUUAAAAUUUCAGUUUACUGACAAAAUGAAAUUGAAGAAUAUGGAAAGCGAAAGCCGAGCAAGUAGUAACAGUAGUAAUAGUGGUGGGAACAUUAGCAAGAGUAUGGGGAAGAAGAGGGGUCGGAAACCAGGGAAACUCAAGGUGGUUGAACUUAAAGAGGAAAACACCGUUAAAAAAAGAGGCAGAGGGCGGCCAAGGACCCGUCCACCAGAGGACGAAGAAGAAGAGGAAAUAGAGUUCGACGAAGACGAGGAAGAGGAGGAGUAUGACGGCGAGGAAUAUAAUUCGAGCGAUGACGAAGAGUUAAUGAGGAUGAUUGAGCAAGGCGAAGUUGAUGAAAAGAAUGUGGAUCUAAGCAAGUUGAGUGACCGACAGAGAGCCAAAUACCUAGGACAGUCUGAAGAGCCGGAAGAGCUGAAUGCAGAGUUCUACAAUGGCAAGAAACUUCCAAAGAGUGUUUUAGCAUUGAUGAAAGGCAAUGAAAAAAAGAAAGUGUUAACACCCGAGGAAAUCGAGCUACGCAAAGCGGAUGCCGCUAGAAAGAGAAAGACGUUCAAUGCCCGGAAGCUUGAGGCGGAAAAGAAGGAGACCUUGAGGAAGUUGUUACACCGUAAGAUCGACAAAGCCGAGGUAAAGAGGCAGGAGAUGGAGGAUGAGAGGAAGCGAGAGAAUAAGUUAAAGAGGAGGGAGAUUAUCAAGCAUAAGGCAUUAUUUAGUUAUGUCAGUAAGAAGGUUGGAGAAGAAAUCCAAUCAUUUUAUUCUAUGCAGCUAUAA